AUGAGCGAGCUUUUGCGUAGGAUUACCCGGCAGAUCUCACCCCACCACAACCCCGAAGGCAUCACAUGGGGGAAAUCCAGAGCUUUACUAGACCAGGCAAGACAGAGCACUGUCGCCCAAGUUAGCAAGGGUUGCCAAAAGGACAUGCUGGCCACGGCCCUCGCGGCAAAACUGGCAGAUGAGUUCAAAGAGGAGGUGGUGCACGUUGAACGAGCAGCGGCGGAUCCGCCACGGCCCCGCAAGAUUAACUCCAAGAGGUCCGAGCGACCUGAAGAAAUCAAGCCUCAGGACAAGCGCAAAUCACGGGCACGGCUGACGUCGUCCCGAGUUGCUGAGCUGGUGCAGAGAGCCAGCGGCACAGAGGAAGGUAUGUAUGCAUGA